CCGGUGACCGGGACGCGGCGUGGGGGCCGCCAUGGAGCUGGUGGGGGAUCGGUACCUGGGGGGCGUCCUGCGCGGCAGGAUGGAAGGAUUCGGCUACUACGCGCUGCCGGUGGGCACCCAGUACCGGGGCUCGCUGUGGGACGGGAUGUUCCACGGGCAGGGCGAGCUGCGGCGCCCCACGGGCGGUGCCUACCGGGCGCUCUGGGACCGCGGGGUGCCCACGCAGGGGAAAUACACUUUUACAGAUGGUCUCGAAUACGAGCAGGAAAAAUGGCUUUACUGCGACGGCUACGACAGAAGAUUCUAUACAGAAAUCUGUUCUGGUUUUAAACCACCAGGCAUUGCUCAGCUUACAAAUCUGGAUCCUCCCAAAAUAAUCCCAAAAGGUUGUUAUGACUGUGGUGAUGGAUUCUAUAACCCCAAAACCAGAGUAGUUGUUGACUACAAACGCAAGUUUCUGAGAAAUGCAGGGCUGGCAGCAGGCUUCAGAAUACUCCAGUCCUCACCUUUCACCCCGGCUCUAUUAUGAAGCAAUUGCUAAUUGUUUGUGAAGAGGAGGAAUCCCUGGGCCUGGGCACGGCCUUGGCCCCAGGCUGGCAGCGCCCAGGUACGGCUCCGGAGCAGGGCAGAGCAGCCGCCCUUGGAAACUCCUGAGCUUGCUUCCAGCACUUCUCCGUGGACAUGAGAGGAUGUGGAGCCCCGGGGAGGCUCCUGAGGAGCCUGGCAAGCCCUGCACGCCUCGAGCUCGGAGGUCUGAGCCUCAUUUACUCGCCGAGCUCUCGCGGCUGGAGCGGCGCAAAGGCCCGUCGUGAAAACACAACCAGGCCCUGGGAGUGAAGUGACAGCAACAGCUUUGUUAGAGUUUUUAUCUAGCAAACUUUUCCAAAUUCUCAUCACAGCCUCGCAGUUAUUACCCCGUCCCUAAACCUCUGUUUCCUUGGGGAUGCUCAAGUUUCUCUUGGUUCUCCAUGUGUUCUUCAAGCUUUGCUUUUUGCCAGUAUUGCAAAGUACGCAAAAUUGAGCACAUAAAUAAGAAUGGGAAGGCUCAUUUGUAAGAAGAUACAUUGUUUAUUUUUAAUAGAUACCGGGACCAGGCUCCUGUUUCACCAGGAGUAUUCCUGUCUUUUUUUUUUUUUCCUCCCAGAAAUAGGACUCCUGGCACCUUUUUAACAGAGUUUGGUCAAUAGAAAGAUCGGAAGAUUUCCCAGUUUUUCAGUGAAAAGUAGAAACUACAAGACAUUAUUCUUAAUGCAAAGCAGAGAGGUACAAAAAAAGCUGUGACAGUCAGAUUUUAGGCCCUCUAAAUAUCAGAAAAACCCAUAACUUUCAAAGAGAAAAUACCAUCAAAACAAGGACAUUUUUUAUACUGAGAUGGAAAAGAUCUCAGCAGAUUUCCUGGGUCACCUGUCUUGAUGAAAAGCAAAGAUAUUUCUGAUGAAAAUUUCCUUGUUUCUCCUGUGGUUUUCACAGGGAUAGGUUAAAUAAUAUAAAACAUGCUUUUCCUCAUUCUAAUAUGAGAAUAUUUAUUCCACUAUUUUCAUAUUUCUUCUUCAGGUUUAAUUAGUAUGGUGCAUAGGAGAGCUUCCUGUAGUGCAGUCAAUAUUACCUGAAAUAUAUUUGUACCUCUUCCUGUAAAUCAAGAGCAGAAAGGCACAAAAUCUGCCUUUUCACUCAGAGCUCAGUCAGGGAACUGAAUUAAGAGCAGGAUUAGGCCUAGAAGACCAGGACAAGUGUCUUAUUAAGAGGGGGUUUGGUGCUGCUGCAGUCCCAAGCCAGCCUGCAAUCAGCAUUUCUACAAGCCUGAAAGUCUCGUGAAAAGCAGCAGGAAAAAUCCUGCUGCUUCAGGAAUCAUUAUGAGCUGAAAAGGUCAAGAUUCAAGAACAUUAUUUUCGUAUAGUUUAGAGAAGUCUGGGGUUAGAACUGAGGUUGUGAGACUGGCCUGACUCCCCAGGCAAGGGGACAAAGCCAUUUUAAUUCUAAGCCUUAUUAAUCACAGACUUAUAGUUUCCUCAUGUUGUUACCUUGGGAUGGAGAACUCAAGCUUGGUCUGAAAGAACUGAGAAGCACAAAUAUUUUGGACAGUCAGCAACGAUGUGUUCAACCAUUUCAGGUUUAUCCAAGUACACAAAUCCAUGAGAGAAAUCUACAUUUGGACUUUUUUUUUCACACAACUCAGAUCUGUCUUGCACCAAGUGCUUUUUGGGAAAUGUAGACUUUGACUUGUCUGAAAAAUGCAGUUGAGAAACAGCCAUAACCACUCAAUAAUCGCUCAGGGUAAUAUUUCUAUACCUACCCUCAUGUACCCCAAAUACAUGCAGAUGUUUGCGUGCUCUUUCUCAGAAACUACUGGAGAAUUGGGUGUGGGAUGAGGACCUGGCAAUUUUUCAGGCCUGGAGUAUUUCUGGAAAAAAGACAGCAAAUUUAACUUCGAGUCAACUGCGGUGCAGGAAAAAAGAUUGACUGCACUGAGGGAUCAUGCACGGAGCUUUAUUCCCUGUUCUUCUUUGAAAUUGCCCGUUCUGAUGAUGGAGGGAGGGGAUGAACAGCCUGAUUCCAGGCUAGUCCCCAUGUCAUUGCCUAAGAAUGUUUUGGCAGAUGCCCUGAGCAAGGAGAGGAAAGCCCCAGCAAUACACAUACAGAGGGAAUAUAGUAUUUUUGUUCGAAUGAAUUUAGCUUCCCAUAGAUUUAAAUGUCUACUUAUAAGGCAGGACCAUUUAAUCUUUUGUACAUUUGUUUCUUUUUUAUUUGACUUAAGAUACUGAAUUUAGAUGAGGUUUAGUUCCUACAUAUUGAAACUCUUAAAAGCUCUUCAAAUAAUUGUUCUUUGGAUACUUGUUAGGCUAAAGAAAUCAGUUUUGAUCGGCAGUAAAAGUUCAUGCUAUUUUAAGUGCAAUGCUAUAGCUAUUUUCUGUUGUAUAUUUAAUCAUUUUGAAUUAUAUGUCAUGUAAAAGAUUUUAGCUCUGGGGCAUUUGCCAGAUGGCUGAUUCUGCAUUUCACACAACAAAAGAAAUAAUGUUUGUGUAAAGCUCUUAAAAAUAGUUGGUAAUCAGUAUAUUCUACAACGAAUAGGAUCCAGACCUGUUUGGAAAAAAACCCCAGCUUUUGCAGAAAUUAAUUUAGAGGAUUUGGUCUCUACCUCUGGGCUCUGAACAAAACAAAUUGUGUCUAUUGUUUGCUGAUUUUGUAACAUUUAACAAGUUAACUGGAUUGUAAAUUUUACUCAUUUUUAUGUUAAAUGCCGUUUAUUGCAAUCCAUUGAUCUUUUUCUCUUUACUUUGGCUGACAAACUUAUUUCUGAAAGCAGGGCUGUAAAGCAGAGAGCCAAUGCUGCUCUCCCUUUACACAAGCAGAGCAUACGAAUGCGAGUGGCCCUUUGCUUUUCUUGCAGCAGCUGCAGUGCUUGUCCUUUUUACUGCUAGUUCCUCCUUCUGGCCUCUUUGAUUCAUAUUCCUCCAAAAUACCACUGCAAAAAAUAUUUUCUCUCUCUGCCAUGGCAUUCAGCUUCUUCUUUGUCCACAAGGUUCUACAGAGCUACCUACAAAUUCACCUUCUGGUCUUGUCUCCCCCAUCUCCCACAUACUUUUUCCCCUUGGAUCCAGUUCCAGGACAUAGGUUUUUAGCCACAUUCAUACAAUUCCAGUUUUCUGGUACUUGCUUUCCAGACUCUAUGGUAGCCAAAAUCUUUGGAAAAUAUUACAUCCAGAAGCAGGUCAGAAAUUGUAUUAUAACUCUUUGAUCUGGAUCUUCAAAGUGUCACUUAUCUAACUCUUCCUAUUUUUUUAGUUAGAUAGCUUUUGUUCCAGUGUCUGAGCUCUGGAUCUAAAUAAUCCCCAAUGCUUAACAAAUAAAUGAAUUGAGGAGCCAGAUCUCAGCAGGAGGAGAGGCAGAACCCUGGCAAGUAUCACAGUGGGACUGCUGAGUGGGCAAGGCAAAGGGCUGAGCAGUGAAGAUGGCAGAGAGAAACUGAGUCCAAUUCAAAUGACAAUCCCACACUCCUAUGAGAAGUUGAGGGGGUUUUCUUACCUUUUUUUUUCCCUUACUCUACCCUAAACACUUUUUUAAAUGUUGGACCAAUUUUCCUACCCAUCAUAUGGUCUUUUUGUAUCUUUUUGUAUAGAAAUGUGUGAAGAUCAAGCACAUUUUGGAUGCCAUUGCAAAAUUCAUACAUAUGUCUUUCAGUGCCAAAGUCUGCCCAGGUGACAGACAGAGAUACUUGGAGACUUCUCAUCUGAGCAACCAAGCACAUUUUUAGAUUAAAUUUGGCUUGCAUGUUUUAAUCUGAAACAUCCUCCAUUCAGCAAAAUAGAUUAUGAACCAACACAAUUUAUAUCCCAGGCUAUGGCCAGCAGUGAUAAUAUUAACAUUUGCAUCAUGAUGGAAGUUACUACGGUAAUUCCAGUAGCUAGAGCUUUUGCAGAUAUAUUGUUCCUUCUGGUUUCCUGGCCUUAUCUUUUUGAAAGUUGUGGAAGUUUCAGUUCCAAAGAGUGGCAUGCCAAGAAUAACACCUUUGUUUGGGUGCUAACCAUCCUAUUGUGAAUCCAUUAAAUAGGUUACACACAAGUCUUAUAGCACUUACAUUCAAUGUACAGCUCAUGUGAA